AUGGCUCCUCAAGGUAGACGCAAUGCCGACGGCGGCGAUGAAGCCGACAAACUCCGUGUUUCCAUGGGCAAUCUACUACUUGGCGGAGACCCAAUCGUGUCGGCCAACAAGAAGGACCAGCUCAAAGAUGAGCCCGCGAAAACGCCUGCCACUGCUGACGUCGCCGGUGGUGAAACAGAGAAAAUCAUUAAAGCUUCCAUCGCUGCCAGCCAGCCAGAGGGAAACAAGGAAGCGAGCGCGUCUGCUGCAGUAGAUGGUGGUGACGCCCCGGAGAUUGCCAGCGAGGACGCCAGCUCCUGCUCGCAUGGUGGCUCGUCUGAUGAGUGUUCAGACUGCAAGAAAAACUGCAGCGACUGCGGAGAAGCAGAUGAAGGCAACGUUCAAGAGGAUUCUACUUCUGCCAAGGACACCACCUCCGCUAACAAUACCGACGAUGCCCACGGCAAAGGCUCUUCCGUCGGUGCCGACGCCGACCAGUCCUCGUCUGGAGCCGCUUCGGCCAAGGACACCCCCUCCGUGAGUGAGAGCAACGCGGGAGAAUCUUCAGACAAGGCCAUGUCCGCGGGUGAUGCGUCUGGCGAGCUGUCCGACAACGGAUCGUCGGCCCACAACAGCUCCGGUCCCGAGAGCGGCGGCGGCGAUGACCAAGACUCGUCUGGAAAGGGCGACGACGCUUCGACUGGUAUUAGUACUCCUGGGGCCGACUCUUCCAAUGAAGGCGCCUCUGACCAAGGCAACGACGAAGCUACGUCCAAGGAAAACGACGACGACGACAGCAAGGAGGACAGCGGAACUGGUCCCGCCUCCGAGUCGGGAUGGUCCAUCUCGGAAGAUCACCUGCUUCGCGGCAUGAAGGAGGCCGGCGAUGUUACUUGGGCCGAGAUCGGAAAGGCUCUGAACCGCGGAAAGAACGAAGUCAAGGCACGUUGGAAGGUGAUCCAGAAGGCCGAUGCCGAAGGAAAUGCGAUGUCCGCUGACAAGAAGAGCUUUUCUGCCACUGGAAACCCACAAUCGACUUCGGCUGCCAAGCCAUCUGGCGUGGACAGGGAAGCCCGCAAGCCUGGAAAGGCCAACGACCCCCAAGCCACGUCUUCGGAGGGAAAUCAGGCCGAUACCGAGUCUGCUUGUGAGGCCUCUGCUGCCGCCAAAGGCCCCGUGGGCAAGGACAAGGGCAAAGGCAAGGCGCCCGCGUCAGCCAGCGACCGCGUCGCCAAAUGGCGCCAGAACAAGGACAAGAACGCAGCCGCGUCGGAGGACCAGGCCGUAUCCAGCGAGCCUCACCACGAGGAUGCUGAGGAAGAGGACUACGAGGAGGACGACGAGUACAACGCCGAGCCAGUCGUUCUCUCCGGCGAAGAGGCUUCCUCCGAAAGCUCCAUCAUCAUCGACGGUAAGGACGGCGACGAGGAUAACGAUGACGAUGAAGACUAUAAUGCCACCUACUACGGCCACAAGACGCGCGGGGACGUGCGCUACCUGCACAACGAAAUCUACCGCGAGCUCUACCCGGACAUGGUGGACCUGAAGCCCGACGAGUGCUUCGGCGAGGAGGACUGCGCGGUCCUCGCUGCUAUGGACAGCAAGUACAAGCGAUCGCGCUACCUCGAGAUGCAGGCCAACUUCUACAACGUCACCGGCCGCCUCAUCCCCCUGCACCUCAUCCGUGACAAGAUUGAGCGCGCCGAGAAGGAAGAGGCGGAGGAGGAGGCAGGCCGUGGCGGUCGCUCCGUCAUGCCCAAGCCUGCCACGGGGGCGGCGAGUUCGUCGGCUGCUGAGCGUCACGACGAGGUCGAGAAAUGGGUCGAGGGCCUCGAGGACGCGGCCGCUCCCGACGCGGCCGAAGCUAGUGGUCCUGAUGGCGAGAACGCUCACUAG